AUGAAGUCGAUCCCGAUUGUCUUGGCCGGCCUGGCUGCCCUCGCCGCCGCCCGCCCUCCGACCAGCGAGGAGCUAUGUGUCGGCUUUAACGGCGAUAUUGACGCGUGCCAGCGCGAGUCCAAGGUCUGCUUUGACGAGAUCGAAGCCAAGAAGGAGCUUUUUACCUGGACCAAGCUAUUCAAGUGUACCCAGGCCCGCCGUCCCUCCGCGUCAAGCAGCGCCGCUCCUCCUGAUGCUGCUGCUCCUACUACUACGCCUGAGGAUAAGCCCGCGCCGCCUCAGGAUGGCAUCGCCGACCGCGAGAGUAAAGAUUGCCUCGACAAGCUCGGCGAUCAGGCGGACUGGUUUACGCUGUUCGAUUGUCUCCAGGCCCGCCGUCCCUCCGCGUCAAGUAGCGCCGCUCCUGCUGCUGCUGCUACUCCUACCACUACGCCUCAGGAUAAGCCCGCGCCGCCUCAGAACAGCAGCGUCAUCAACAACAACAACAACAACAACAACAACAACAAGGCUACCGCGAACAAGGCUGACAUCCGCGUCGACACCAAUCGCGACGGCAUCGUCGACGUCGACGGCACCUCGGAUCAGGCCGGCAAGGACACCUGGACCGACGCCGCCGGCGCCAUCUUCCUGCCCAACGUUGCCGACUCGGGCGACCGCUGCAAGAAGCUGCACGCCGACUUGCAGCUGCCGAAGCAGCUCGCAACUUUGUACGAUACGCUCGCCAAGUGCCACGACGCCGCCGACGGCGAGCAGCGCGCGCCGCAGAACCUGGCCCCCAUGCGCACUGUGCCCAUGACAGGCCUGAGCGACUCUGCCACCGGCACCAUCAGCGUCGCCGACGAAAAGUCACGCGCGCUCGUCCGCGUCUUCCGCCAGAGCAAGGACGGCAAGUGGGAGAUUGUCAAUAAUGACACCGUCUUCACCGCGCAGGACCUCAGGGACGGCCUCACGCUCGGCGUGGAUGCCCGCGACACGCGCCGCCCGGACUGGGACGGCCGCGUCAAGGUCGACUUCAGCGUCGGCGACGGCCAGAACGAGUCCAAGGACACCGUCAUGCUGCGCGUCGCGCCCGUGCUCCUCCAGCACCACCGCCAGGCUGUCAACGAGGUCUUGACGUCGGGCCUUCCCAAGGCUACAGGCGAUUUCAAGGCGUACCUCGACAAAAUCAUGUCCGGCAUCCAGUCCAGCAUGAAGGCCGCCGGCAUCACCGGCCCCUUGACCCGCCUGCCCAACAACGACGCCUGGGCGCAGGACUACUUUGAGCCCGCGUACGCCAGCAUGCCGGGCCCCAACAAGACCGUCGUCGCGCUGCGAGUCAUCAUCGAGGGCCGCCACGACCCGCGCCUCAACUCGACCAGCAUCAUCUACACAACGCUCCGCGGCGACGGCGUCGGCGCCGUCGCCCAGCAGCUGCCGCGCCAGGCCAACCUCGAAAAGCGCAGCUCCGACUUUGACGCCGGCGGAAACCUCGAGAGCAUCCCGCCGUACGAGCUCAACGGGAAAAAGUACCCCGCUGGUCGCAUCAUUGUCGGCGGCGACAGUCAGCGCCUGCCCGUCGGCAUGGAUUUCUUCAAGGCCCAGGAGGUCCAGGCCCCGCUCGUGCUCGACUCGACUUGGCUUGCGGUCAAGCACGUCAACGAGAUGGUGCAGGCUGUGCCCGCCAAAACGCCGCGCGGCUGGGCCAUCAUGGCCAUCGACCCGGAGAUGGGCCUGAAGAUGCUGCGCGACGCCGAGGCGGCCGGCCACGGCGACCAGAGCGUCACCGGACGCCAGCGCACCGGCCCGACCAUUGCGCAGUUCCUCAGCACAGAGUCCAACAUGGUCGCCGCCGAGGUCGCCGCCAAGGCCAUGGCCGCCAACAUCGAGAUGCUCAAGAAGGAGACGGGCCUUAGCGACGCCGAGAUCCACCGCGUCCCCGCCCUCAUCAGCCUCUUCGACCUCAGCCAAAAGUACGUUCACAGAUCCAGUCGCCGCCGCGGCAUCAGCAGCCGCGACGAGUCCGCCGAGGCCGCCCUCGACCAGGAGUUCAUGGACAACUUCCCCUCGCACUUGCUCGACGACGACGACGACGACGACGAGGUCGCGCCCAACAACACCACCGAGCAGCGUCGCCGGGCCGCUGCCACCAAGCCUCCCCGCUACAGUUCCGUCCUGCCCAGCCUUGUCAACGGCGUGCCCUUGUCCGACUCGCACUACCUGGCCCCCCAGCCCUUUGGCACCAUCAUUGACCGCAAGUACAUAUUUCAGGAAGCCGCCACCGCCGCCUUCAAAAAGGCGGGCUUCACCACUGUUGAUUACCUGGAGGAGUGGAGAAUUCACUCCGCUUUUGGCGACUUGCACUGCAUGAGCAACACGUUUCGCGAUAUUUCUGAACCUUGGUGGUAA